UUCAUAUUCAGUUCGCCAGUCGCAGAGAGCAAUUAUAAUAAUUAGCUAUUACAGUACCGAGUUUGUUGUCACAUUCUUUUCAAGAGAAAUUAUGAUUUACAUUAAUGUAGGUCAGGUCACGUUUGACGUUUUAUAACAUUCAACAUCACUACCACAUUCAGAAAUAUUUAUAUAUCUAUAUAUGUAUAUGUAUAUAUUGAUUUGUUGUUUAUAAAUAAACUAGCAGGUACAUAGAUAUAACAUUAACUUAUGAAUAAAGAGGAAACAUCGUCGGCUGUUAUUCAUUUUUACCCGUUCCACAUAAAUAUGCAAGCCUCUUAAAUAUUCACGACACGAAAAGUGCAUUACAGCCACCGAUAUUAAUUCACAGUUUGCAGAUAAAUAAAAAACUUGAUAUCUUCAUAAAACGGCCGUCAACUGCGCGCCGUAACCUGCCCAGACGGACACGCUCCGAGAGCUGAACGACCCCCGGAGGCCAUCGGUGGCCAGAGAUCAGAAUACAAUCCGCAAAUAAAGACUAGCUCUUCAAAAAAUUAAGCUCUGUGUGACCUCUUUGUCCAAGACUUUAUUUGUGCUGAUGAUUUAAAUAAAACACUAAAAUCAUCAAUAUCAAUAAAUUAUUAAUUUAUUUUCAAAAACCAUUGAAAACAUUCUCGUCUCGACCAAUUUAGUAUUUAUUAUAUAAAAAUUGAAACUUACUAAACAAUAUUUCUUAUCAAUACCGACAGUAACAGAUCUCACUACAAAAUAUAUUUUUUACCGCCAACGUACGCCUUUUACUUUCUACGUACUUUAACAUAGCUAUAAAGAUAGAUAUACUGUGUUUAAUUUCAAAUUAAUGUUUCACUGUUAUAUAUUUUUGUAAAGUAAAUACCAAAAGGGGUAUUCUGUUAAAUGGGAUCUUUUAAAUAGAAUUUCGUCCGCCUUGUACAAUAUUAUUAACGGUGCUUGGUGUAUUUGAGCAGAGUUUUUCAAAGGGCAGGUUGCGAGCAUUCAUUAGUCCUUGUUCGUUUACCGCGGCGCGCUCUUCAUUAGUACAACUCUCUCGCUUUAAGUUUUCUUUAUUUACAAUUGUUUUUAGGAGCAGACUUUUCAGUAACAGGUCGUAUCGUCUAAAGGUUGCACGGCGUUACUUACAUAUAACAGUACGUGGAGUUGUGACACUUUAACGACUGAAUUGAUAUUAUGUGGUCUCUCAAACACGACACAAAAACAAUGCGUUUUAUAGAAAUCAAGAAGAUGUGAAUUGAGUGAACACCGCCAGCGACUGGACGGCCAAUCUAUCAUCUCAGACAGAUUAAAUAGGCGAACCCAAAAUGAAGGUUGAGGAUGCCAACAGUGAAGGUAUCCGGGGUUGGGGCUGUACACCCCCCGGGGAGCCCCCGCCGGCUACAGUGACCACCUCCGCCACCGUUACCACUACACCGCCCGCCUGUCUACCGCCGUUCGUCACACGAGGAUGGAGACGAAACGCGCUCUAUGGAAUCAUAGUGUUCCUCAUCAUACUCGUAUUUCUUAAUAUCGCCUUGACAUUGUGGAUUAUAAGUACCUUGAAACUGAGCGCGAGAGGUAUAGGACCGAUCACUAUCAUCAAGGAGGGGAUCCGGUUGGAUGGACAGGCUUGGGUCCUUGACAAUCUGAUCGCGUCCACGCUGUCUUCACAAACGGGUCAACCGCUCAGCCUGCACUCAUACCGCAAUUUCACUAUCAUAGUGUCCGAUGAAAACCACAAGGAAGCAGCAAAACUAUUCCUGAAACGAGACAGCCUGGAAUGCAGUGGUCGUUCGUUCCACGUGCGAGACGCUCGCGGCGAGGAGGUGUUCCACGCGUCUCGAGAGGAGGUGCGCGUCUUCUCGGAGACUCUGUCAGUGAGUGGAGCGGGCGGGCUGGCAGUGAGGGGAGCUCUGCAGACGCCGGUAGUACGAGCACCGCCGGCUGCAGACUUACAGUUGGAAUCAUUGACGAGGCGACUCGACCUGCGAGCCCCGCAGUCCAUCCACCUCGAGAGUAGAGCGGGGAGUAUCGACAUAACAUCACACAGCGACAUUCAAUUAGACUCAGUCGUCGGAGCUAUUAAGAUCGACGCUCCUAACAUCAUAAUAAGCAAUUUAAAAGAAGCCAAAAUCGCAGACAAUCCCGCUAAGAAUAUGAGAAAAAAGGUGUACCAGCUGUGCGCCUGCGGCUCGGGGAAGCUGUUCCUGGCACCCUCGGACGGGAGGUGUAGUGUGGAGGAAGAAGACCAAGAACUCUGUAGAUGAUAACGAACACCACGUACUCGUACAUAGAGACGAACCAUUCCUAUCACACGGAUAAAAAUUUAUUAAAUAAGGAAGAGGACUUUAUACAGCUCUAGUUUUGAUAGAAUAGAAGAGAUAUUAUCGAAAUAGAAACAUAUUGAAUAUGUGAAUAGUUCAGAGCGCAUCCCACGUGUCGCGUUGUUAUUACAGUAACUAUACGUUUAGUACAUUGUAUUUUAGAUCCGCUGCACGUCAGUGAGUGAUGAAUUGACAACGAAUUAUAUAAAACAGCACGAGGCACGACCUGUAUAUACAUUGUUAGUAGCUGCUACAAAAACAAUAUAACGUAGAAAGGAAUUUACAUAGCCAGGAAUUUUAAUAAUUUUAUUUGUUAUAUUAAGAAUUAUAUUAUUAAUUAUCUA